UAGAGGGAGAAGUAAGGGAAAGAAAGAAUAGAAAGAAGAGGGUGCCAGGUAAAUCGCUUGUAGGUGAUACGAGACUGACAACGUUGAAGACGACGCAACCCUCUUUGUGAGAGUGUAUGUGAGAAGAACGGAUAUAAUCAAAUUGUUAUCCUAACAGUCUAACGUAUUUCUUUUUUGAGUGAUCAAAAAGUAUCACUGAUCAAUAAUACUCCCUAAUAUCCCGGUGAUCUUGUGCUUUACAACUGGUGUUUGUUUAAAGUUUUUUGUGCUGACUGGAUAUAAAAGCAACCGUCAAGAUGAAAUUAAAACAGCAAGGUUUAGUAGCGGAUUUGAUGCCGAAUAUUCGUAUUAUGCAAUUCAGUGGACACUUUAUGUUCAAUUAUAUUGAAAGUUCUACCAAGAUCAUGCAUAGAAUAUAUUGCUGCAUUCAUUUAUUUCUGAUUCUUCUUCAAUUCUGUUUCGCUGGAAUAAAUCUCGCCCUUGAGAGUGGCGACGUUGACGAUCUCACAGCUAAUACAAUUACGUUGCUAUUCUUUACACAUCCUGUGGUCAAAAUAGUAUAUUUCGCGGUCAGGAGCAAAUUAUUUUAUAGAGUAUUGGCUAUUUGGAACAAUCCAAAUAGUCAUCCACUCUUCGCCGAAAGCAAUGCUAGGUAUCAUGCGAUAGCGUUGAAAAAAAUGAGAACUUUGCUCUUCGCUGUUGGGGCAACAACGAUCUUAACAGUUAUUGCUUGGACUGGUAUCACGUUCGUCGGUGAUUCUGUGAAAAAAGUCACUGACCCUGAAACAAACGAGACCUCUUUAGUGGAGAUUCCUAGAUUGAUGGUUCGUUCUUGGUAUCCUUACGAUCCUAGCCAUGGCAUGUCACACAUCAUGACUCUGAUUUAUCAAUUCUAUUGGUUAUUCUUCACUAUGGUGAACUCGAAUUCUCUCGACGUUCUUUUCUGUUCAUGGCUCCUGUUCGCCUGUGAACAACUUCAACAUCUCAAGCAAAUCAUGAAACCUCUGAUGGAACUUAGUGCAACUCUCGACACGGUUGUACCAAAUAGUAGCGAAUUGUUCAAGGCUGGAAGUGCCGAGCAUUUAAGAGACACACAAGGUACUCAGCCAGCCCCGCAACCUCCACCUCCAGGGGGCGAAAGUAUGCUGGAUCUUGACCUCCGUGGUAUAUACAGCAAUCGACAAGACUUUACGACGACCUUCCGACCAACAGCAGGAAUGACAUUCAAUGGUGGUGUAGGACCGAAUGGCUUGACCAAGAAACAAGAAAUGCUCGUUAGAAGUGCUAUCAAGUAUUGGGUGGAAAGACACAAACACGUCGUUAGAUUGGUAACAGCGAUUGGAGAUGCCUACGGUAUAGCUCUACUACUUCACAUGUUGACAACGACCAUCACAUUGACACUUCUCGCGUAUCAGGCUACAAAGGUAAACGCUGUUAGUGUCUAUUCAGCUACGGUCAUCGGUUAUUUCUUAUAUACUCUUGGCCAGGUCUUUUUAUUCUGUAUAUUCGGCAAUCGUUUGAUAGAAGAGAGUUCAUCGGUUAUGGAAGCGGCUUAUUCGUGUCACUGGUACGAUGGCUCUGAAGAGGCAAAAACUUUCGUCCAAAUCGUUUGUCAACAAUGUCAAAAAGCAAUGUCCAUCUCCGGAGCAAAGUUUUUCACCGUCUCUUUGGAUCUUUUCGCUUCCGUAUUGGGAGCUGUCGUGACUUACUUCAUGGUGUUGGUACAGCUCAACUGAACAAUCGAUUAUCAUAUUGUAAGAAUAUAUUUGGGAACCUCGUGUAAAUCUAUCUUUUUUCUGGUCGUAUUAGAUAUAUUUUCAGUUCGUUGAUUAUUCAUCGAGGAAUAUGUCAAAAUUUAAAUUUGUCAUCAUGAUCUAAACGUGAUCAAAAUAAGAAUUCAUCUAACGAGGAGAUAAUUUUCAAAUAAUGACGGAUGAUAACAUUAUAUUUAAUAGUAAUAAUACUCUAUAUAUGCGGACUUAUGUUUACGUAAGAGAAAUGUUAAGAAAAACGGGGAAAGAUAUUACGCUAAAAUUGCAGGAAAUAUGUGUCAGUUCGUUGGACGAAUAUGAGACACGGCAGCUUCUUUCAAAAUAUUUGUUUUUCUCGUUGUGUUAGGCUAUCGAAGGGAAUCGUUUUAAAUGUACUUUUCUACGUCAUCGAGAGAAAUCUUUUUAAUCGACUAUGAAUAUCAUCAGACAAUAGUAUCUCAUCGAUAAAAGUGAAAUUCUGUGAUUUGUUUACACGCUUACAAAUCUCUUUAAGAGAGAAGAACAAAGAUGCAAGAUGAAUUUUUCUUGUAUCGAAAUAUAUAUAACGUACGAUCAAUCAACUUGCAUCUUUAUUCUAUUCACACGAUAUCGAUGUACGAUAGUGUAUAGAUAGGAAGAUAAAUGGAUUUUACAUAUACGUAAAAUAAAUAAUAUCUGACGCGAUACGUCUGGAUAAUAAUUUAUAAUAAUACAGUACAAUAACAAUUAUUCUAAUUCGAUCGAACUAUCUUUCAAUUAAAAAAUUCUAUCGAAUUACUUGGAUGUUUUAACGUUAAUUUGAAUAUUUCUCUUUUCAUUACAUAACGUAUUUAUAACUAGAUUCACUAUAUUUGCACGAUAAAUAUUAAUUCGUGUGGCAUUCGUGAAAUUUCGUCGUUUCUUGUGAAAUGAAUUUCGUUGUGUUUUAUAAAUGCGACAGAAAGAAAGAAAGAGAGAGAGAGAGAGAGAGAGAGAGAGAGAGAGAGAGAGAGAGAGAGAGAGAGAGAGAGAGAGAAAGAGAGACAUUCAAAAUCGAUGAAUUCAUCUUUUUGUAGAUAUAUUUAAUCGAAUAUUAUUGAUUAUUAUUGUUACUAAUAUAUUUAGUGAUGAAAGUUAAAGGAUUCGUCUCAUUUUUUUCUAAAAUAAAAAAAAGAAACGGAGAAGAAAUCUUAUAUCAUAUACACGUACAAUUAUAAAUAGCGAGACAUAGUUUAAUAUACAAUAUAUUGAUAGACAUAUUCGUAAAUAGUUAAUGAACGUUCAGUAUUACGAAAUCGUCAUUGGUGUGUGAAAGUGUAAUUAUAUUUAUGUAAUAAAAAUUUUGCCAAAGGAUA